CUGCAGAUUGAAACUGUUUCCCACUCACGAGGAUCACACAGUCAUGAUGAAUUCAAAGGUGAUCGUGUUUGUUGUCCUGCUGUGCCUCACUGGCUUUGGUCUGUUAUUGAGGGGAUACAUGCCAAAAUUCCCCCAGCUGCAGUACAUAAGCCACUUUGUCACUGCCUGUGACAAAUGUCUGACAAAAGACGACCCGUGGCUUAUGCAGCAUUUACACAAAUCUGUUCAACCAUUUUUGUCAGCAAACUACAGUCUCCCAGAGGAUGCUUUCAACUGGUGGAAGCAUUUACAGUUGGAAAGUCGUGAUUACGGCACCUACAGAACAACAGUGAACAGGUUGUUUCAGAUGUUUCCAAACAGUCCAGAUCUGGUAGAGUCUAGUCCUAAUCACUCCAGGAAUUGUGCUGUGGUGGGCAAUUCUGGUAAUUUGAGGGGAUCACAUUAUGGACCUCUGAUAGAUUCCCAUGAUGUUGUUAUAAGAAUAAACAAAGGUCAUACCAAAGGCUACGAGGCAGAUGUUGGUACCAAAACAACUCAUCGUAUCAUGUAUCCAGAGAGUGCCAUGGACCUGGAUGACUCUACUCAUCUUGUGCUGUUUGCAUUUAAGAUAAAAGAUCUUGAGUGGCUCAUCAAGGCCUUCAGCACAGGAUUUUUUGGAAGGUCAUAUGCGCCAAUAAAAUCCACCAUCAAAGCUAACAAAGAUUUGGUGAUGGUGACCAAUCCAGCUUUCAUGAGGUAUGUUCAUGAAAUCUGGCUUGAAAAGAAGGGCGGCUAUCCAUCCACCGGCUUUAUGGCAGUGAUUCUUGCCCUGCACAUUUGUGAUGAGGUUCAUGUGUUUGGUUUUGGAGCAGAUAAGGAUGGGAACUGGAGUCAUUACUUUGAAGAACUCAAAAACAAGAAAUUUAAAACUGGACUCCAUCCUGGAUCACAUGAGUAUGAUAUUAUCAAGGAGCUAGCGGAGCGAAAAAUCCUCCAUUUUUAUGCAGGGAGUUGAUCUGUGAAGCUGAGUCCUUACAACUCAAGAGGCAGCUAUGACUAACUGAAUGGGUACAUCUCAAGUCUCUUAGUUGAGGUUUUCUCACUCCUCACCUGUACUGAAGUUUUUCCGAAUUUGCACUUUGACAACUGUCCCAAGUCUCUUACUUCAGCUCUGAGGAGCAAGGAGCAAGGAGGGAUCCAUGAGGAGCCAAAGUGUGGAAACAUGAGACAUAUGAAAAUCACCUGGGCUAGACUACCAGGCAGAUGACUUUGGACACACUUUCUCAUUCAAGUGAAUGGGAAGCUGUA